AUGAAUUCCCUAUCUCUUUCCACCGGUGUCGCUCUGUCCACCGAUCGUGUUGUAACUGAUGACAACCAUGUUCAAGGCUCUAGAUCACAAAGUUACAGCAAGAAUUCAGGAAGGGGGCGUGGGCGAGGCCGGAACCGAGACAACAACAGUUGGAAUCACAGCCGUGACAACCAAAGUCGGGGAUGGCAGACUAGUCGUGACCACUCUAGCCGAGAUGGAGGAUAG